AUGCGAGAUGUCUGGAAGUUGGCGAUCCCUCCUAAGCUCAAAAUGUUCUUGUGGAAGAUGAAGCAUGAAGCCAUUCCAGUCAACGCAAGGUUACCCGCUAGACAAAUCAUCCCCUCCGCAAAAUGCACAUUCUGCGAUGAGGAUGAAUCUAUUAAACAUCUCUUCUUCCAUUGCCCCUUCGCUAAGGAGGUCUGGAAAGAUGCCCCAUUUGCCUCAAACCUCGACACAGAUCAGAUUUUAAAUGUCCAAGAGGGGAUCCAGUUUGCUAUGCAGACCAAACCACUUCCUCCAACAGGUAUCAACUCCACACAUCUUGCCGCUUGGAUAAUCUGGUCAAUCUGGCUCGCAAGGAAUCAAAAAAUCUUUCAAAAUCGAAUCUUCUCGGGGCAAAACACAUUACUCAAAGCUCUUAUCAGCGCAAGGGAAUGGCAAGCGGCUCAAAGCAACGACAUAAGAACGCAACCCCAACGCACCGCUCCGCAGAUCGAAAACUACUCUGAUGCAAUCAUAUGCAGAUCUGACGCAGCCUGGCGACCUGGAAUUUCGACAGCCGGUUUAGCGUGGAGCUUUUACCGUGCAAAUGGAGAGAUAAUUUUAUCUCAUAGUAAACCAACCUCUUUUGUGAUUUCUUCUCUUGUGGCAGAGGGAUUAGCACUGAGAGAAGCCAUGGAACAUGCAUGGACCCUAGGAUUGACGAAAGUGGUCUUCGAAUCUGAUUCUUCUCAACUGAUAGCAGCGGUUGAAGGCGAAUCAAAUUUCUCCGAUCUUCACGGAAUCGUCUCCGAUGUUAUCUCUUUCUCAAACUCUAUGGAGCUUGCUCGCUUUAUUUUUCGUAGUCGCAUUAACUUUGUAUUGGAAGAUGGACUAGCCAAGCAAGCGCUUGAUGCGUAUCUGUACCAACCACAUUGA